UUGCAUUGUUUUUCUUCCAGUCUAACUUCUUUUUUCAGUGAUGUGAUGGCAUCGGGUGAAACUUCAACAGAGUACAAAGACAAACAGGGUGGUGGAGCUGGUCAACCGCUCACCAAAUCUGAGAACAACGAUGGCAAAAAAACUUUGACAAAUGGAAUGAGCCGAGUGCAUCGAGUGAUGACCGAUGAGGAAAUUGCUCAAGGAAGGCAGACACGGUGGACGGAACUCGAAAUACAUGGCAAAGUCAAAAAUCUUUCCCCUGCCGUUUGGCAGUUGACCCAUUUGUCGGCGUUGUUCCUCAACAAUAACCAAUUGUCUCGAUUACCACCCGAAAUCGCGCAGUUGACCAAUUUAACAAUGCUCGACAUAUCCAACAACAAGUUGCGGUCACUUCCAACAGAACUCGGCGAUAUGAUCUCAUUGUGCCAUCUGUACCUGAAUCACAAUCAACUGCGAGUACUGCCGUAUGAGCUCGGAAAACUGUUUCGAAUUCAGACACUCGGUCUUCAAGGAAAUCCGUUGUCACCUGAGAUAAGCAAAAUCUAUCAUGAGACCAAUGGAGCACAUAAGAUCCUGCAGUUCUUGCUCGACCAUCUGACAAUCACAUUUCAAUGGUCUGCACAACACCGGAGUGCGGAUACAGAGAAUAACUACCGACCACCAGAUCUACCGCAUAUUUAUGAUUAUGUUGAAAUGGCGACUGCGGGAACUCGUCCGAUGGUUUUUGAAGAAAAUCUCAGCUAUGAGUUUCUAACUCAGGAAGAGUUUCACCUCAAACAAGCUUUGGGACACACGCGAAGUUUUCCUAUUGCUAUUCUCCAGUCGAGAAGACGCCAAAAUCACGAAUCUAAUGGGUACUCCUUGUCUUACGGUUACAAUGAACAUCAGCCUUGCCAACGAACAAAUUCCGAUGCACACCAUUAUCACAGUUUCCAACAGCCCAGUUUUUCUCACUUCCAAAGUUCUUCAUCUUGGAAUAAUCAAGCACGAUCAUCGUUGAUGAAUCCGAUAGACAAUGCUCUUUCAUUGAUUACAAAUGAUCUCUCUGUCACGAGUUUAUCUGAUAUGUCUACAACAUCACCUAGUUCAAUCUCAAACAAAUCAGAAGAAGAUAUCCCUGCGAAUUUCGUCAAGAUUCUUUCUUCACUGCCAAAGUCAUCAAAUGCUGGUGAUCUCCCUGUUCAAAAUGUUUUGACCCCAUCACACACUUUUGCCACUUUCACGGUUCUGUGCUACAAUGUGCUCUGCGACAAAUAUGCCACAGUUAACCAAUACUCCUACUGUCCUUCCUGGGCUCUGAAUUGGGAGUAUCGAAAGUCGCUUAUCAUCAAGGAGAUACGCACCUACGAGGCUGAUGUUAUCACUUUGCAAGAGGUCGAGACUGAGCAGUAUCGUACACUGUUCCUCCCAGAACUGAAAACACUCGGAUAUACAGGAAUAUUUGCUCCUAAAACUCGUGCAAAGACCAUGGGCGAGGAGGAAAGAAAAUAUGUGGACGGUUGUGCUAUUUUCUGGAAAGUUGAUAAGUUCGAUAUGGAUCGGCAACAAGUUUUCGAAUUUUCGUCUGUUGCUAUGAAGAAAGCAUCCACAAGUGAAAAUAUGCUCAAUCGAGUCAUGCCUCGUGACAAUAUUGCGCUUUGCGCUGUGUUGAAGAUCAAGGAGAAUGUCUAUGCCAAUCGACGAAUGACUAUCCCAGCUAAUGAUAACGUUGUUGGAAAUCCACUUGUCGUUUGCACAGCACAUAUUCAUUGGGAUCCCGAGUUCUGUGACGUCAAGCUGGUGCAAACCAUGAUGCUCGCUCAUGAAGUGUCCAGAAUUCUCGAAGACGUUUCAAAGAAAUACAUGAUCACUCAACAGCAAGUUCCUGUGCUCAUAUGUGGAGAUUUGAAUUCUUUGCCAGACUCUGGAGUCUUCGAGUAUCUCUCUAAAGGCCAAAUCACACGGCGACACUUGGAUUUAAAGUCGUUCCGAGAGGACUCGUGUCUUGAAAAGUUUACCAAUUCGUCGGACAAAAACGUUAUCAGCCAUCCCCUUCGGCUAGAUUCGGCUUGCGAUCUGCAAUCUAUUCCCUUCACCAAUUACACCUUGGACUUUAGAGGAAUGAUCGACUACAUUUUCGCGACGCCACAAUCACUGGCCAGACUCGGAAUUCUCGGUCCAUUUGAUCCACAAUGGGUUGCAACGAAUAAAAUUCUCGGCUUCCCACAUCCCCAUGUACCAUCCGAUCACAUUCCUAUUAUGGCUCAAUAUGCCAUAAUACCGACAACACAUCAGCGACAACCACCUCCACCACAACAAACGGGUCAUCCUCCAGCUGGUGUCAUCGGAAGCGGUUACCCGGCA